AUGACCCGUCCAUCGCCGGACGAGCAGGGCCUUGCACCUAGCGUAGACACUACGGUCUCUGUACAAGACCGCACGGCUCAAACGAAGCGCUACGUUGAUCUCUAUUUUACGCACUUCCAUUCUCACUGGCCGAUCUUGCACCGCGCAACUUUCAGUAUCCCGGACGAGCCACCAUUGCUUCUACAAGCAGUUUUGAUGAUCGGUCUGUGGGUGAGUGAGAAGGCAUCGGCGCGACAGGCUGCAGUUGAUCUACAUCAAAAGCUGGGAUUAUGGGGUCGCGAACAGAGGCAACGCCCGCUCCCUAGGCCUGAAUCUCUUUCUCUCUCCUCUCUCGUCCGCGUCUGUCUCCGAACUAAUGUAUUCUACUACCCCAGUAUGCUAGAGCGAUACCACGACGUUGAUUCCAUGGCUUGUAUCUGGAUUGGAGUGGAAGAGAUGGGUCGAUUGGGGCUGGCUAUGUAUAAAGUCUGUUCUUUACGUCGGAGCGGGAAUUCGGAUGAUAUAGAGGGUCGACUUCUUCAGUUGUCGGAUCUGCAGUACCCUGUGCCGGAUAGUCGGCUGUUGUGGGAUGCAAAGUCUGAUUUGGAGUUGUCGCAAUUAUUGCAAUUGGAGGCUGGGAGGGAAAGGCUUGAUGCUCGUGAUAUGGCGAAUUGGAUCUCGGUUUGUGGGACUGUGCUCGAAUCUGGGAGUGAGAGGUGGUCGCUUUAG